AUGUCUGUGAACGUCGCUAUCAUCGGUGCUGGAGUCGUGGGCUCUGCUUUCAUCAACCAAUUGAAAAACUUGAAGUCGUCGGUCGCCUUCCAUGUCGUGUACUUGGCCAGAAACUCGAAAGAGGCUAUUGUCUCGAAAGACUACCUGCCAGUUGACUUGCUGUCGUACAAGACCGCUGCUGCAGGACCAGCAUUGGCCAUGGCCGACUUGGCUGCUUUCUUGAAAGCCUCGCCAAAGCCUACCAUUUUGAUUGACAACACAUCUAACGCUGCCGUUGCCGAUUUCUACCCCAGUUUCAUCAAACAGGGUAUCUCCAUUGCGACGCCCAACAAAAAGGCAUUCUCUUCUGACUUGGCCACUUGGAAUGAGAUUUUUGCCAACUCUGCUGCUCCAGGUGGUGGCUUAGUGUACCACGAGGCCACUGUAGGUGCAGGCUUGCCCAUCAUCGGUCCUUUGAGAGACUUGGUGGCCACCGGGGACAAGGUGGAGAAGAUCGAGGGAAUUUUGUCCGGGUCCUUGUCGUACAUCUUCAACUCGCUCUCCACAAGCGAGGCUUCGUCCACAAAGUUCUCUGACGUCGUGAACGUCGCCAAAGAGUUGGGCUACCUCGAACCAGACCCCAGAGACGACUUGAACGGUAUGGACUUUGCCAGAAAGGUCACCAUCUUGGCCAGAAUCGCUGGUUUUGAGGUCGAAUCUCCUUCUUCUUUCGCCGUGGACUCGCUUGUGCCUCAGGAGUUAGAGGCUUGUACCUCAGGUGCUGACUUUUUGGAGAAGCUCCCUAACUUCGACGUGGACUUCCAGAAGCGCAAGGACGAUGCUUUGGCUGAGAACAAGGUCUUGAGAUACGUCGGACAAGUCGACUUCAAGGCCAACAAGGUUUCUGUGGGUAUUGCCAAGUACGAUUUCGACCACCCCUUCGCUUCCUUGAAGGGCUCUGACAACGUUGUCUCUUUCAAGACCGAAAGAUACACCAACCCAUUGAUCAUUCAAGGUGCUGGUGCCGGUGCCGAGGUCACUGCCCACGGCGUUUUGGCCGAUGCCCUCAAGAUCGCCGAGAGAAUCGCUGCCUAG